UUUUAAUGUCUAGUAUAAGUUUACUAUGUAUAUUAUAAAUUAUCUGAAAGUGAACUCAAGUUCUAGGCAUUAGUUAAGUAGUUGGUGAAUGUAGUUCUAAGUUGUUGAGUGUUGUUGUUAUAAAUGCAGGUCGCUACUCUGUUCAGAGAAGCUGCCACGCUUCUUGGAGCUACAAUGGAAGCACCUGAAGGGCCUGGCCUCAAAAUGUGAGUGGCCCAAACUUUGACCUGUAUUGAUUUAUUGUGCUAUAAAAGUUAGCUUUAACUCUAAUCAUCGUUCAAAACUUCUGUUACGCUUGUCGUUUCCUAUAUUUUUGGUGGGACUUCUUAAACGAGUGAAACACUGUCGUCUGGCAAACUUCCCCAAAAAGAAUAAAUUGGACAAAACUAAGCUGAAGCUCGUAUAGUGAACUACUGCUGCUGUCUCAUCUCAUAAUGAAGUUUUAUGUGCCUGGGUACUCAGAAAACGCACCAUUAAUGAAACAAGAACCACAACACUAUUCUGAUGGGACUCCCAUAAUGAAGCAAGAGCCUCAUUAUUCAGACGGUGCGUCCAUCGGAACACCAGUCAUGAAACAACAAGAUCCACAACAUUACUCCGAUGGGAGCAUCAUAAAACAGCAAGAGCCCCAUUACUCUGCCGGGUCACCACUGAUGAAGCAUCAAGAGCAGCAUUAUUCUGACGGGACACCAAUUGGAACACCAGUCAUGAAGCAACCGGAACCCCAACACUUCCCGGAUGGAACACAGAUGAUGAAACCCCAAGAAAGUCAUUUUCCAGAUGGAACACCAAUGAUGAAGCAACAAGAACAGCAACAUUAUCAAGAAGCUCAUUACUCGGAAGGACCUCGAAUCGGAACACCUAUAAUGAAACAGCAGGAACCACAGCACUACUCGGAUGGAACGCCGAUAGUAUCACCCAUUAUGAAACAAGAGCCUCAGCAUUACAGCGAUGGUCCUCCGAUGAUGAAACAGGAGCCCCCACAUUAUUCAGAUUCUUCGGUGUCAAUGAAACAAGAACCGCUUGAUGACGGUUAUGAAACCAGUGGAGAUCUGGAUAUGAGAGGUCAUAACGAAGUGAGCAAGAUGAUGGGUAACUCUUUACAUCAACAGAUGGCGCAGCAUCAACAUCCGCAGAUGGCUCAUCAACAACCUCAUCAACCACUUCCCCACCAUCAGCAGAACUUGCCCCCUCAUCCUCACCAUCCUCAACAACCGAUCCCUCAACAUCCUAUGGCUCAACAUCCUCAACAUCCUCUGGCCCAUCAACAUCCACACUCCCAUCACCAUCCACACGCACAUCCUCAUGGACAUCCACACGUGCCACAUGCUCACCCGCAUUCUCAUCCUCACGCUCACCCUCACAUGCAUCACCAUCCCCACGUCAUGCAAGGAGGCAGCAUCAUCAAGUAUGAGAUGCAGGAGGAUCCUUACAGCUUCGUUGAGGAAGAUAGAAUGGCGAUGCAGUCCAUGCAGUGCCCUCCUCUGGUAAUGCAGCAAGUACCAAAGAAGCGUGGGAGGAAGAAAAAGAUUAAACCUGAAGAUCAACAGCUUCAACAAAUGCAUGGAGGAAUGGUAUACCCUGACGGUAUGAUGAAUCCUUUAUCGAUGAAGCCGCUUAAAGAUCCAAAUGUGAAAGUAUUCAAGGAACGUAAGAAGCAUGAUAGAUUCAACGGUAUGCCUGAAGAGGAAGUAUCUAAAAGAACAUUGCCAGAUCAUCUGACUACAAAUCUGGACAUUGUUAUUAUUGGAAUCAAUCCGGGACUCUUUGCAGCAUACAAAGGUCAUCAUUAUGCUGGCCCAGGAAACCAUUUCUGGAAGUGUCUGUACCUCUCAGGGCUGACCCCAGAGCCGAUGACAGCAGAUGACGACUACAAGUUACUGAAGGUCGGCAUUGGAUUCACUAACAUGGUUGAGAGAGCCACCAAAGGUAGCGCAGAUCUCACCAGAAAGGAAAUCAAAGAAGGUAGCCAGAUUCUACUUGAAAAGCUGAGAAAGUUCAAACCAAAAAUAGCUGUGUUUAAUGGCAAGCUGAUUUUUGAGGUAUUUUCGGGAAAGAAAGACUUCAGCUUUGGAAGGCAGCCUGAGCUAGUGGAUGGAACCAACACUUACAUGUGGGUGAUGCCGUCAUCAAGUGCUCGCUGCGCCCAACUUCCUCGAGCAGCUGACAAAGUACCUUUCUACGCUGCAUUGAAAAAGUUUCGUGAUUAUUUGAAUGGACUAGUGCCAGAGUUGGAUGAGAAAGAAAUUGUGUUUACUUAUUCCAAACUCAAAAACUUUUUUGAGCCUGAAGUGAAGGAAGAAGGAAAAGAUGGACAGCUGUGUAAGUAUAGAGGGUAUAACGGACACAUGGGUGAUGGGUUAACGGAUUUGACCGACACUGUGAUCAAGAAAGAGAACAGUGAAGAUCAGCCGGCUGGACCACCAAAGAAGAAACGAGGUCGACCAAAGAAGAUAAAGGUAGAGGGAGAAGCGCCACCAGAGAAAAAAGAAAAACCUCCCAAGGAGGUUCUCGAUAAAGAUGGAAAUGUUAUUCCCAAGAAGAAAAGAGGUCGCCCUAAGAAAAUUAAACCUGAAAUGGUUGCUAAUACAAAUACAGAGCAGCAGCAGCAGCAGCAACAACAACAGCAACAGCAGCAGCAGCAGCAGCAGCAACAACAACAACAGCAGCAGCAGCCACAACAACAAACACAACCAUCGACUCCUACAGCUUCUCAACAACAGCAGCAACAACCACAACAGCCGCAGCAGCAACAGACGCAAAGCAACACCACAACUCCAGCAGUGACGACCUCCCAGGCAGUUACCCCCACUCCAAAUUGUUUUUCUCCCCCAAUUCAGUCUCCUAUUAACUUGUGUCAGCAGGGGUUUUCACAAAUGUACAAUAAUCAGUCACAUACGUACAACCAGAAUGCUUCACAGUCGCCAUUGUCAAAUCACAACUUCCAUCAAUCUCCCAUGCAAAGUCACGGGUACAACCAGUCUCCUCAGCCUCCGUCAUACUCUCACUCCGAUCUGUCCUCUGAAAUCAGUGCUGCAAUAUCUUCUGAGCAGAACAUCGCAUCGAGGUCACCGAAUUCAUCCAGUUUAGGAGGUCCACCAGAAUUUGAACCCUCCACCGCUAUGCAAGAAGAUAACAGUAAAAGUUCCUUGGACGUCAAAGAUGACAAUCCGGAUAACCACAUGGAUUGUCACUUUCCGAGUCCUGCACCAUCUAAAAAGAAAUCCCCAGAAAUGAACUACCAGAACUAUGACGAGUAUUCUGGAGAUUCAGAAACUAGCGGCGCCGUAAGAUACCCUCAGAGGCCAUCCUCUGGAUUCGCCCCGAAACCCACGUUAAACCAGGAUGUAGCAUCAAAGAGCUUAUCAGGGCUGGAGUCACUAGUGGACCAGAUUCCGAACAUAGGUGAUGGAGAUGCCCCUCACACAGUCGUGAGUGGGGAACCCAUGGAGAGUGCCUCCUCAUCGGGCACUGGGCAAUACAGUGACGAUUCUGCCUACCUAUCAGACUAUCCCAGAGUAUCUCAUUACAGUCCACAAUACCCGUCUGCAGUUCCUACAACCUCUAACACGUACACUUCUCCCUCUCCCAGUAUGAACUUCUCAGUGACGUCACUAGCCAACAGCAGCGCGACGAGUAGCAAUGAGACUCCUGGCUCCUUCUCUGUCACAAGCUUGGCCUCAAACUACAACUCUAGCCACACUGUCACUUCCUCCUACCCUAACCUGAUGGGUCCACCCCAUCCGAUGGGGUCCCAUCAUGUGAUAGACUCGUUUGGCAGUGGGUUGGUCGACCGCACUUGCAGGAUAGGUUCACCCAUGGAACCUCUGCCUAACAUGAGUGGAGUCAACAUGUCGGGUUCUGGGCUGCCCUACCCCUAUAAUCAGUAUUCCAGCCCAUAUCCAGGAGGCCCCCCUGCGGGUUUCCCUUACUCCCCUUCACACAACAUCCAUGUACCUAGUCCCAAUUUCCCAUAUCCCUCCCCCUAUUCCAAUUCCGGUUAUCCACAAUCCAGUUACUUGCAAAGUCACGUUUUUGAUAGAAUAAAAAAUGAAAGAAUGGAUAUUGGAUUCGGAGGUUUCUGAUUCGCCUGCCUGUAGUUUCAACAAGACCCUGUCAUUACUAAGACUGCUUAAUAUUUUGUUAUAUCUUGUUUAAUUGUUUAGUAAUUGAUUUUCUUGUUAUGUGAUGUGAGUGGAUUUCUUUAAACAAGUUUACAUCAGGCAUAUAGUGAAGCUAAAGUCCUAUGCAUUAUUAAACUUAUUUCUCUAUCGAUGACUUCACAUUAAUUCAGGAAAUUAAAGUUCAAAGUAAUGUGUGCCUCUUUAAAUAAAAAUAUUAGCACAGUAAUAUUUAAUCCCUUUAUAUCAAACACUUUGUUUCUGUAAUUUAACUAUCCUUCUUUUCAUAUUCUAUAAAAUUAAUUUAGCUAUAAAUUCCAAAAUAUAUACUAUUCAUGUCGUUAAAAGAAACUUAUGAAAAGUAUGUCAAAUAUAGGUUAUUUUAUAUGCCACCUGCUAAAUCUCUAUUUGAGUAGUAAUCAUUCUCUUGUUUAGUCAUCAUUACACGUAUGAAAAAUGUGUUUCCAUGUUCUAAACAUAGGUAGGGUAGAACUUAUAAUAAUAUCAAUCUUUAUAAAAAAACUCAUUACUACAAAAAGAUAAAUAAUAGAGUGUUAAUGGAGAAAGGUCUGAGUAAUAUGGGACUUUGGCUUCACUAAGUUGCUCUUAGGCAAAUAUAUGCAUCAGAAAUGUUUAUGUUACGAUUGUUUAACAAUUUUAAAUUUAUUGUUAACAUCUAGCCUUAUACCUAUGAUCGAUAAUUUUUCUGCUCUCGGUCUUAAGUUAUAUUAUUGUACCAUUUAUAUUUGUUAUUUUUACUCAAAUGUGUUGACUUUGCACAUCUACAUAGCCAUUGCCACAUCAUCACAGAGUACAAAAGUUUUUCGAAUUAUCGAAUCGUAGCCCAAUUAUAUAUAAAUUAAAUGUAUAAUAGUAUUAUGAAGAGAAUAACUUUUGAAAGAGUUUUUCAUCCAUUGUAUAAAGUAGUGAAUACUGAAUUAUUUAAUAACGUUUUGUUAUAUAUUUUCCUACAAAUAAUAGGCCAACAUAAUUCAUUCUCAAAGCUGGUUGUACAAGCUUUGAAUUUUUACCACUUUAACAAUCAUUUAAUGACUGAAUGAUUGUUUGAAUUUCCUUUCCUUCAGAAGGAAAUUCAUGUUCAAAGUGUGAACUUGUUGGUUUUCAUUAGACUCGGGGGCCGGUCCGAAGUAUUUGAGGUUCAAACCAUCUCACAUGACUCGUAAAUCAACUGUGUAUUUUGAAGAGUCUGUUUUUCUGGUUAUACUUGUAAAUACCUUACAUUGUACAACUUGUCUUCCAUUGCUUUAUUGAUUUUUCACAUUUUUAAACCCUACUAUUCAUAAUAAAAUUAACCAUGUGUCCCUGCAUGUCUGAUAUUUUAAAACUAGAUUAUGUCAGUGUUUUCCAGUUACUGGGAAUGUAAUUUGUUUUAAUUUGUAGCGUUUAUGGUUUUUAUGGUAAUUGAUUUAGUUAUAUUCCAAUUUUUAAAUAUAUAUAUUUAUAUAUAAAAGAGCUUUAUAAGCCGAAGUGUAUGGUUUUUAAGUUGAAAUUAUUUGUAGAUAUAUGUUGGAUUAUGUAUAGUUGUUUGUGAAGGUGUUGUUAGACCUGUAUAGUUUGCAUACAUACUUUCUGUUCAUUUGUAGGAUUAUAGAUUGUCUCGUCCCAUUUGUAGAUUGCUCAUAUAAAGCAGUGACUGGUUGUUGGUUGCAGUUAAUUAUUGUUAGGAGGCUGUACGCUGUAGGGACAGUCGACAGUCGUUAGCUCAGUGAGGGCAAUAACAUUCUUUAGUCGUACGAUAGUUAAUACCUUACGUGUUCAUAGCCUUUAAGUUGAAUAACCCUAAGUUCCUGAUAAAACCCGUAUCAUCUCUGACAUACGAGUCAUGUGACAGACUUUGUAUAUUCUUUUCUGAGUACAAAGUUGUCGCAGUUUCAUGCACUUGAUAAUUUCCCUUCGCAUAAAACUUUUUAACGAUGGUGACAUAGUACAACCAGUUGUUGAAGAACAUAGUAAUAUUGUUUGAAACAGUAGAGUUUGUAUGUAUGGAGAAGUUACUUCUGCAGAUAGGCCUCAUCUAGUCAUAACAUAACACUUGUUGAUUACAUAUUUGUGUAGUGCAGUUUCUGCUGAGUUAGAAAGUGGUAAGAGUGCAAUAUUUCUAUCUUGAUGUUAGCUUGUCGGACUGGCUGCUUUGGAUAGCUUUCAACACACAUUUUGUUAUCAGUUUCUAAAAGUCAGUUCUACUUCACAUUGUUAUUUGGGGAGUUAAUGAUUUGAAUUGAAGUAAAGUGUUUCGAUUUUAUAUCUGACUUGAUUAAAAACUAAACCGAAUAAACAUUUUUUUAAAAGAUCAUGACGAAUUGGCUGUUGGAUUCAAAGCAGUCGGUCUUCUUCAGAAUCUGUAAAGGAAUUCAUGUUACACUCACAAUUAUGUAAUAGUAAUUGUUUACAGGAAUAUGUGCGAGAUAAUUUUAUUUAGUGUUAUAUUUAAAGUUCUGUUUUAGGUGUGACAAUAUUUAUUUAGAAUAUCGCCUAGUUUUAGUUAUGCAUAUUUUGUUUAAAUUUUAUCAUAUUCUUUGUUAUCAAUUCCCCUUGAGUUGUUACCAUCACAUUAAAGUAGGAGAUUAAUGAUUCUCAUAUGUGAUUUUGUUAUUAUAUUUGAUCUUGUUAUCAUUUAUUUAGUUUAUCUGAUGACGAUGUGAUCGCUACUCUCACCGUACAACUUUUAUGUACAAAUUUUUUCGUGUAAGACACGAUAUCAUUUUCUAUACCGGUCUAAGUUACACCAUACAUAAUUUCCUAUCGAUAGACACUUUUAAAUGCCAAAGGGAAACAUUUUAACUCUGGGAAACACAGACAUCCGAGUGGAGCUAAUCAGGCUGAGGACAGUAAAUGUGCAAUGUUUGUUUGUUUGUUUACACUUACUCCCUUACCAAAGAUAAAGCUGUGUCUGUCACAUACAUCUUAUAAUUCUUCAAUCCCAAGCCUGAUAAUUUGUUUGUAAUGUUCCACAAGCAUUUAAGGGUAUGAGUGAUAUGUGUGAGUGUGAGUGUACUAUCGAUGACUUUUUAUGAAGCGAACCGUAUAAAAUAUUUUAUAUGUGAGUUUAGUUGAUCUGUAUAAAUGGACUAUCUUUUGUAUGGGGCAUCUGAAUGUUUCCUGUAAUUGUUAUACAUGUUGUUCCCGAGUUAGAAUCUCUGUUCCGGUUUAGGUGCCCGACUAUUCUACCUCAUCUUCACGUUUAAGCAAUAGUCCAUUGAUCUGUUUGCGUUGUAUUAGCUUGUAUGUUAACACCCAGGUCUAUUGUAUGUCAAAUCGAUUGUACAGAUUAACAUUGUAUGGUGUGAUAUAAUCAUAAAGAGUGAUGUUAUUUAAAUUUCCUGUUUCUUUUUUUAAGAUCUAAAGAUAUUAAACGAUGAAAAUGUCUCGAUGUACUGAAUGGAA